AUGCUACUAAAAUUAAAUAAGGAACAUAGAAAACAAGAUCAUCAAUCCUUAUAUUAUGAAUAUUAUAAAUUCCGUGACAAUUUUAUCCGAAAUAAUAAUACAGAAAUAUCAGCUAUAGAUAUAUCUUUAAGAAAUAUGUUAAAUGAAUCCAGAAAAACUAGACGUGAAAUGUUUUUAAAUGAAAAAAGGAUAAGUCUAAUAACUUCAAGAAAUUUAAUAGAAAAUAAUUUGAGAAAUGAAAAUAAUAAAAUAAUAAAAAAAAAUUCAAGAUAUAUUAAAGAAUGGAAUUUAGCUUUAACAUGGUCAUCUGAACUUGUAAAAUACAAUUAUUUAACACUUUUUACUUGGGAUACAUUUAUUAAAAAUUAUACACCAGGUGAAUGGUUAGUAACACCAAUAACUAUAGGAAUUCGUUGUAUUCUUAUAUAUGGCAAUGGAUAUUGUGAGAUUCGUGAUGAACAUGGUUGGACUAUUUUUGUAAUUGAUAUUCCACCAUUUAAACAUAGUGGAUUAACAAUACUAGAUGGUAUUUAUAAUUAUAUAAUAGAUACUUUUAUAUGUUAUGAUGUUAUAGAAUGGAAUAAUCUUAAAAUAUGUGAUUCAUCUACAGAUUGUCGAUUGUAUUUUUUAAGAUCAAGAUUUCAAGAAGUUGGUUUAGAUGAUUAUAAUAAUAGAAUAGAAAUAGAAAAUGAAGAUAUUUUAAUUGAUAUAAGAAAUGAUUUAUCUCAUAUAAAAUAUUAUUAUCCUUAUAAACAUUUAGAUAAUUGGAAUAAAAGACAUAAAAAUAGUAUUAAGAUUCAAAUGGCUAAUUAUUUUGAGAUAACUAAACAAGUUAUAUCAUCUUUAUAUCUUGGAUCUAUUAAUGCAAUUGAAAAUAAUGAUAUGAAUAAACUUUUAAGUUUUUUUGCAUUUGUUCAUCGAGAUUCUUGUUAUACUUAUGAUUAUAGUUGUUAUUGGUAUAUAUGGCGUGAUUAUAAUAUGAAACCACCUGGAAUAUUAGGUAAUUUAUUUAUUGAUUCAACUAAAAUAAAGAGAAAAAAGGGUAUGAAAAAAAUAAAAAAGAAAAAUCAUGAUAUUCAACAAAUUAUUACUGAUAUGGAUGCUGAAGGUGAAGAUGAAAUAAAUAUGGAUUCAAAAAAUGAUGGGAUAUCAUUUAUUUUAGAAUUAAGAAAUUCAAAUGAUUUAUAUACAAGUGAAAAUUUAUAUAUGGGGAAUUUAUUGUCACUACAUCCAGAAAAUGUGAAUAAGAUUAGUUUAGAUACAUUUAAUAAAAAUUCUAAUUUUCGAUUAGUUAGAGUAUUUGUUGAUUCAUCUCAAAUAGAGAUAUUUAUGAAUAAUUUUAAUCAAAAGAUCUCAUUACCUUUAGAUUCAAAUAUAAAAGGAUCUACAGGUUGUCUUUUUGGGACAAUGAAGAUAAUUGGUUUAAAUAGCAGAUGGCAUGUAAAAGCUGAUUCAAUAGAUUAUAUAUUAUUUCAAUGUACAGAAUUUUUUAAGAAAAAAACUGAGAUUCAUUUAGCAAUGAAUGACAAUAAUAAUAUUGUUAGAAAUUAUAGUGUUCAUUUUGAAGAAUUAAUAGAGAUUUUAUAA